GGAGGGGUGGGAGGUACAAGGACACUCUGGAGGGGAACAGGGACAUCGGAGUCUCAUUCACCUACAACACCCACCGACUGACUCCCUGAUAUUCCCUCAUUGGAGCCCAUUUACUAAAGUGAGAUCGGAAGAAGCGAGAUAACUCAUUAGGGGAUGGACGGAUCGUCUCUUUUUCUCGUCGCCCUUCUGGGUCUCUCCGGUUCGGUUUCCUCAGCAGACAAUCAGACGAGGAUCUGUAAGGCGGCCCCCCAUUGGACGAUCGGCAGUGAGGUGCCCAUGCUGCUUUCCCACGGACAGGUGACGGUGGUCGCUCUCCUACAGGCCAGUUGUGGCUUCUGCCUCGUUCAGGCUGCAAACAUGGGGCCGCUCCGCGACAAGCUGGCCAAUCAGGGGCUGAGCAACAUCAGCUACAUCAUUGUCAAUGACCAGAGCUCCCUCUCCCGGCUCCUGCACCCCAAACUGGCAGCUCAGGCGCCCGCGGGGAUCCCCGUAUACGAGCAACGAGCCAAUCAGGAGGAUGUGUGGGAGAUUCUGAAUGGAAAUAAGGACGACUUCCUCGUCUAUGACAGGUGUGGACGCCUCACCUUUCAUAUCCGGCUGCCUUACAGCUACCUCCACUUCCCCUUUGUAGAGGCCGCCAUUAACACCACUUACUAUGAGGACUAUUGUCAGAACUGCAGCUUCUACGCCAAUGUCACCUGGGACGCCAAGCAGAGUGAAGCUUCCCCUAAAAAUCGCACGGGGGAGGGGGAGAAGACGGAAGCGCCGGGAAAAGAUAAACCAACAAGCAAGGAAGACGAUAAAUCCGGUGACCGUCACCCGCACAGCAAGGGCCCCGGGACCGGCGGCGGGCACCGGCCUCACCAUCCAACCAAUCAGGAAGAAGAUAUUGACAAUAAAGCCCAUCGCCCAAUCAAAUCCAAAGGAAAAGCGGGCGAAAGGUCUAAUCAUCCAACCCACAAUCACGGACCAUAAUCCUUUGCACCUCCAUAUUGGCCCAUUGAACCCCUUCUCAUGGAGCGAUGUUUGCGUCCCUGCUCGGGGGUUAUUAAUUCUACGAUCUCUCUGUCACUAUGAAGAAUUCAUCCAUUGUUUUCUUUUGGGGGGGGGGGGGGGGGCUUUCCUUUGGUGAUAUUGUAUUGCAAAAAUAAUUCUAUUUUCUAUGGAUAAAAAUACAUUGUGACAGUGA